CCAGCUCGGCGGCUUUCCGCGGGUCACUCCGCACCAUGGGCAGUCUCUUGGGCAGCGCCGCGGUUCGGGCGCUGCUGUGCUGGCCGCACAGGCUCAUCUUGCGCCAGCUCGUGCGCCCCAGCUUUGAUGUCUUUUCAGGGGAGCCAGUUCCACCUUUUAUGCUUGUUCCUUCCCCAGCUGUCCUGCAUAGAGGAGGGCCCUCCUGGUCCCAGGAGAGGACCCUGGUUGCCGUGAAACCUGAUGGGGUGCAGCGGAGGCUGGUGGGGACUGUGAUCCAGCGCUUUGAGAGGCGGGGCUUCAAGCUGGUGGGGAUCAAGAUGCUGCAGGCACCAGAGAGCAUCCUUGCUGAACACUACCAGGACCUACAGAAGAAGCCCUUUUACCCAGCCCUUAUCAGCUACAUGAGCUCUGGGCCCGUGGUGGCUAUGGUCUGGGAAGGGCACAACGUGGUCCAUGUCUCAAGGGCCAUGAUAGGACAUACUGACUCCACUGAGGCUGCCCCGGGGACCAUCAGGGGAGACUUCAGCAUUCACAUCAGCAGGAACGUCAUCCAUGCUAGUGACUCUGUGGAGGAGGCCCAGAGGGAGAUCCAGCUGUGGUUUCAGAGAAGCGAGCUGGUAAACUGGGUAGACAGUGGCCACCAGGCCAGCUGCUACCCAUCUUGAGGGCUUGAACUGUUCCUGACACUUCCAUGGCCAUCCAGGACUAACUACCUCUGUCAACGAGAACUGAAGCCAACACCCUUGCCAACUGUCCAAGCUACUUGUUCACCUUCUGCCCCACUCCAGCCAAAGGGAGUUUGAGCCCCAACUUUAUGUGCCUUUUUGUAUCCUAAGUCAGCACAAGAUUGGACCACACCCUUCUGUAUGAAAGUGCUAGAUAACCUUUGGGGUACCUUUAAGGUAAACUUAGCUGCUCCAAGGGAGAUACAUUAAAAUCUUCUGCUUAGAA